AUGACGGCCCCAGAAGUGGAGCAGCGCACGCCAUUCCAGGUGUUUGCAAGGCUGAUGGCGCCACCACCGGUGCUGCAGGAAGAGGCAGCGACCCAGAUGGGGGGAGAUGGUGGUGAGGAGGAGCAGGAGGAGGAGGAGGAGGAGGAGGAGGAGGAGGAGGAGGAGGAGAAGGAAGAGGAGGAGGAGGAGGAGGAGGAAGAAGAAGAGAAAGAGGAUUGGAACAGAGAAGAGAGAGUUAGAAGGGUGUGUGAGCUUGGAAUGGGGUUUGUGGAUGAACACGCUUGGGACAUUUGA